CAAAACCAAUACUGUUUUAAUUUCCGCGUAACCUUUUCCUCCUCCACCUCCCUCUUCUUCUUCUUCUUCUUCUUCUUCUUCUUCUUCUUCUUCUUCUUCUUCAUCCCAAUCCAUUUUUUGUUUUUUUAAUUUUGAAUUUUUCUUCUUCUUCUUCUUCUUCUUCUUCUUCUUAUUAUUAUUAUUAUUAUUAUUAUAUCUCACAACAAAGCUUAGAUCAUCACUGUGACUCAGUCAAUCUUACAUUUGACUCAGUUUCCUCAUCCUUCUUCUUCUCUUUCUUUCUCAGCCAUCAAUUUUCACCCCCUCCAUUUCCUCCUCCUUCUUAUGCUCUUCUUUUUCCCCUUUGCCAAACCCUCACAUUGAGGAAGCCCCAGAUUCCGAGGCCAUCCCAAUGUCCUCUGCAGAUUUCUUCUUCUUUUUUCAUUCUAAUCUUUUCUUCUGCGGAUUUUGAUUUUGGGUUCUUUUUUUUUUCCUCUUCUUUUGUGGAUGCGGAAUUUGGGGCACAUUAUAAUCGGGUGUUUUUUUUCUUUCUUUUUUUGAGUUUUCUCAAACCCUAGCGUUUUCAAUUUGCUUCCGACUCUUUGUGGGUGUUGACGAUUGUUAUUUGGAUUUCGAGGCUUCGAAAGAGGAUUUUGAGCCUUUGGGAACCAACCCUUUUGGGAGAAACGUCGGCUAUUGUUUCAUUUCAAUCACAGGGUUGGGUUGUUCUCUGUUUUUGGUUAAAUCCAGAUGCGAGGAAGGUCCGGGGAUUUUGAAAGUGAAUCCUGAUUUUCUUGGAUUACUGUUUUUUUCAAUGCAAUGGAACGGCCAUUGACCACAUUGAUCUUCGUGAUUUCGGGGUUUGCUUUCAGUGUUUUGUCGCUUCUUGUCGAGUCUCAGACUCCAGAUGAAGCCAAUCCCACUCUCUCGCCGCCGAUGCCUUCUCCACCGCCUCCCUCUCCCUCUCCACCACCACCACCGUUGCCACCACCUCCCCCACCACCCCCGCCUCCGCCCCGAAUCAUCUCACCGCCUCCAUCGCCAUCUCCACCCCCAUUUUCCCCAUCGCCUCCUCCGCCGCCGCAUCGCCAUCGUCGUAGUCCACCGCCCCCUCUUGCAUCAUCCAUGGAGAGAAAGAAAAAACGACCACCAGUCCCUCCGAAAAACAUUAAUACUAAUCAAGCGUCGAAGCGAAGUCUCAAUAAGGGGAAGAAAGUUGGGCUGUUCUUUGUAGGUAUUGCCGCAGUCCUCCAAAUCUGUGUGGUGGGUUUUUUGGUAUUCAAGAGACGGCAGCUUCUAAGAGUCAAGGAUCGAUAUGAAGGAUUUUCAUGAAGCCAUUGGCAUCUGUUUCCUUCAUCUUACAACAGAGCCGAGGACUGUAGAAGUAUUCUUGAGGAUGUGGCGGCCAUUGAGCUAACUGGAUUGUGUCACCUGCUCCAGAAAAAGCCAACAAUUUGGGUAAAUUUUCGAUUCUUGGAUUGAGAAGAUUAACAAAGCUUGUUCUUGAGAUUAUAAGAGGCUGCACAUCAGGUGAUAAACUGAACAGGCAGCGGGCGGAUAGGAAGGACGAACAUUCUUCUCUAGGGCUUUCCUCAGGUGUUGUGUAAAAAUGGGUACAUGAUAUUUGAUUGAGCUUUUUCUCCAUGUGAUUUUUCAAUUCUUGUUCAUUCUUUUGUCCAAUUCUGAUUAUACAGUUUAUUAAUUCAAACCAGAAGAAAUCGUCUUAAAAUA